ACUUGGUUUAAGUACGCCGUCAGUUUUUUUUGCAAAUGCAUUAUUUGCCCGGCUCUUGAAGAUUCUCGCUAAGAAAGAUGUCCAACUCGGUUAAUAUAUCGGUGGAAACAACGUGCGAGAACCAGAUACGUGAAAUUGCUUAUGAUGGCACCGAGCUCUAUCAACCACCGCCGACGCUGUCAGAGAGUCUCGCAAAGUGCGCGGCACGUAUAGAUUUCAGCAAGACGUCGCUGGAUGACCUCAAGAAGGAGGAGAAGACAGCAGCUGCGGCUGAGGAGGAGAGCAAGGAUGCCAACCAGUUCCAGGAGAGCCUUUGGCCAUGGGAUGCAGUACGCAACAAGCUGAAGGAUGCCUACACGGAAAUCUGUGUACUAUCUGAUGUUAUAUCCAUUGCAAAGGAUAAGCGCUAUUUGGUGCUGGACCCGUUGCUUGAGGAGGGCGAUGACACCAAGCCCAUUGUGCAGGUCUACAGUCGCAAAAAGGCCAUCUCGCAGGCUGCCCAGGUGCUGCUCGGUGGCGCUGAGCGGAUACGAAAUGCCCACAGCGAGCAACGUAGCCGCAAUGUGUCCGAUUUCCAUAUUGAGCUGCUGCGUCUACGUCAGAACUGGCGUCUAAAGAAAGUCUCCAACGGCGCCAUUAUUGGUGAUCUCAGCUAUCGGACUGCGGGCUCCAAAUUCGGCAUGAGCGGUACUUUUGAGGUGACCAAGGCGGAGGAUGCGCUGGACGAUGAUAAUGUCGGCAAUAGUACUGGCGCCUCUGCAAAUUCAAGUGGCAGCAGCAGCAACAAUGGAAUGCAGCUGAAAGCCAGCUCCGCCCUGCGUGUCAUAGUGCCCUCCGAGCUUCAGGGCGUGGCAUACAUUAAAGUCAUUACACAAAAAGAUCAAGAGGAUCUAUGCACAGCUCAGGUUAAUCUUAUGGGACAUGGACCCAACAUUACUGCCCAGGUGGGAGUUUGGCAGAAGACCCUGGAGUUCGCCCAGAACGUGCUCUUCUGCAAGGAGCUGUUCGCUCAGCUGGCCCGUGAGGCCAUUCAGCUGCAAGCACCUAUUCCCCAUGUGGUCAUUGGCAACCAGAUACGCGCCACGCUGCUGCCCAACAUCCAGCUAAUUAUAUCAUUGUGCCACUCGACGAGCUUUGACUCCAGCCAGCCGGCGCCUAUCAAUGACCAUGAUCAUGUGCUGGAGCAUUCACUGCAUCAGCUGCUACGCGAGGUGCACUACAAAAACUCGCAUCAUCCGUUUCCUCAUCCGGCCAGUGCGCCGCUGGGACCGAGCAAGAAGCGCAUGUUGGCUGGACCCACAGCCGCAGAUCGGGAGGCACUGCUGGACAUGACCAAGACGCAGACGAUACUCGAACAGAUCAUUGCCCAAGCUCAGCACAUCUUUAUGCGCAAGCGCACACAGUACGUUCUGGACACGCUGGCACGCGAUGUCAAGGAUCCGCAGAUAGUAUCACACUGGAAUGCAAUGAACAGUCCCACCAUGUCCUGUGUGAAGAUAAAUAUUGUGACGCAUGGCUAUGAUGCCAUCGGACGCACCUCGCUGGUCAUACACGUCAAGGAGCGAUCACUGAAGUGCAUAUGCCGCGAUGGACGCGUCAUGCGGCUUUCAUAUGAACCGCAGGAAUUGCGCGAUCUGAUUCUCUGCCAGAUCAAUUCGCAUCAGAUCAGCUGCCUGGUGAGCCUGGCCCGUUGCAUGGCCUGGACGGUGCUCUCGAAUAGCAAUCAUCUGGGCAUUGGCAAGGUGGAACCACUCGGCAAUGCCAGCUCCUGUCUGCUGGCCUCGCCCAACAGUGAUCGCAUGAUUGCCGUGCAGAUACGCUGCGAUCCACAAAUCGAUGUUAAGGUUUACAUAGCGCGCAGUCCGCGACAGGAUUUCUUUCCCAGUCCAUUGGUGCCGGAGAAGUUCUGGGAGAAUCUCGGUGGCAAUUUCAAGGAGGUUCGAUUCGACAAGAUCGAGGGCAAGAGUUUUCUCAACAAAAUGGAAUUUCUGAUGGCAUCCCUGACCAGCAACACGGCAUGAUUGGAGUACGAUUAAGUUGUCUAGCAUAUUAUUUAUAAUUAUCAAAAAUAGUAACUUAAGUAAGCACACAGUAUGUACAAGCGAAUUCAGGAUCAAUUAAAGACAGCACUUCAGCGCUGCAUGUUGUAUGCCCCAAAGUUAUUCCAUGCCCGUUGCUGUUGACUGCUCUGAGGAUGCGCUUCCGGCUGCAACAUGCUGAACGUGUCCUCUAGAGAAA